UUCUUUCCAAAAAUCACCUAGAAAGCGUUCAUUUUUCCUGUUGGAAAUUGGCCCAAUCCUGCUGCUUGCUGGUCUCUCUGCCAGUGUGACCAGUGUAUAAUUCCCCUUUCCACAUCCGCCCCACCGUUUGCUGGAAUCAAAACAAAAGCCCUGCUCAGCCUUUUUGACAGCUGGCAACCCGAAGGCAGCGCUUCCCGAGACGAAGGACAGGUUGUUUGUUGGCAUAUCUCCCCGCUCCGUGCCGAUUCCUCGGGUCGCAGACCACCACCAGUCGGAGUGCAUUUUGACGUCUGCCUGCGAAGAAGACAGCAACCCGUGGACGUCGUCGUCGUCGUCGUUGUCGCUGAGGGUCCACAGCAACCAAUCCCCACCACCCGACCAGCGGGAGUUCCGUCGUCACAUCACCAUCGCCAUCGUCGUCCGUAAUUUCGGGUGCGAGUGUUUCCGUGUACGUAAGGCUCCACUGUUUCAGCACGAUACGGGCAGUGAUCGAAAAAAAAAAAACACUCACCCCGCGCUCCGCAACCAACCAAAACAAAACGUCCGCGGAAUGAACCACACUGGGAGCCCGAAUCGCAGCAACCAUACGCGGGCACCAUAUUCGUACAGCCGCCAGGGCAGCCAGCAGCCCACCGUUCGAGCCAGUGUUGACGCGGCGUGUUAGUUUUUCGGCUGGCCAGCAGCAGCAACAGCAACAGGAGUGCGCGGAAGAGAAGAAACAGACACCCCCAUCAUCAUUAGCAGCCAGACAACGGUGCGUGCAUUUGUGCACGGAACGGUACCGCUUUAUCCUAUCCGCUGGCACAGGGAAUUCCCCCGGAAACCGUAACAGCCCGCCGUAACGCACAACUUUUAGUAUUGAGCCGUCUACGACGGCCGGGAAAACGAGCAAAGCCGGGAGAAAACACAGCCACCCAACAACGGUUGGCAUGCAACGCGCGUGAGCCAGGCGGAAGAAGCGGUAGCAGCACGGACGGGCGGUUUUUCUUCUGCAAAAGUGCAGCCAACAUACUUCCUUGAUGUGUUUUGGAGCGCCCAUCGUAACGUUCCUACCAGUGCCAAAGCAACAAGCAGCAGCAGUAGCAGCAGCAGCAGCAGCAGGAGGAGCAGCAGCAGAAGCAGCGUACGCACGUGUACGCAUCCGCCGACCCGCCGGGGUUGGUCCACCGGAAGCAGCAGCAGCCACACCGACCAGCCGCGUAUGAUGCCCUGCCCGGGGUUGAAGGUGUCGCACGUGAUAUUUGUGAUCGUCAUCGUGAUAACGAUAGUGUUCUACUCGUCGCUCAAUGGCCGCCAGUUCAUACUCGAGCAGCGCCGGUACGCGAACCACCGGAAGAACGACCCGAGCGCGCUGGUCGCGUCCAACCGGACCGUGCCGGGGGCGGCGGCGGCGGCAGCAGCACCACCCGACAAGGCGCUGCUAGUGCCGGCGGGGCCACCGGUCGAGCCGGGCACGGUGCGCCAGAAGUGCAACGUGUUCCAGAUGGUGGUGCAGCGGUGCGGGUUUGACGUGCUGCAGAAAUCGGUCGAGCGGACGCAGCAGCAGCAGCAGGCGGUGGACCGGAACCAAACCCAGCUGCUGCUCGCACAGCAGCGGGAGAAGGAGCAGCAGGAGCAGGAAACCGGUCCCGAGCACGUGGACAACAUCCAGCGAAUACCGAACCCGUCCGCGGUGAAGAGCGCUGCCGCGGCCGGGUCAUCGUCCUCCUCUUCUUCCUCUUCCUCCUCGUCGUCCUCCUCGUUGCCGCCGGCGCCCCAGCCGACAGCGCUGGAGGCGGAGGGCGAGCGGGUGAUCAAAACGCGCGACCUGUACCACUCCGGCCACCUGCCGGAUGCGGCCUGCGUCGCCAACCUGUGCCCGCGCAACGGCACGGACGUGACGCUGCUGAUCGUCGUCACGUCCGCGCCGACCCACCGGGAGCAGCGGCUCGCGAUCCGGCAGGCCUGGGGCCACUACGGCAGCCGGCGCGACAUCUCGAUCGGGUUCAUCGUGGGGCAGACGAACGAUGCCCGGACCGAGGAUCAGCUCGCGGCGGAAAGCUACAUGUACAGCGAUCUGAUACGGGGGUACUUCAUCGACAGCUACAGCAACCUGACGCUCAAGACGAUCUCGAUGCUCGAGUGGGCGAAGCUGCACUGCCCGAGCGCCUCCUUUCUGCUCAAGACGGACGACGACAUGUUUAUCAACGUGCCGAAGCUGCUGCAGUUCAUGGAGGCGCACGGCAACCAGCGCCGGACGAUCUUUGGCCGGCUGGCGAAGAAGUGGAAACCGAUCCGGAACAAGAAGUCCAAGUACUACGUCAGCCCGGAACAGUACUAUCCGCCCGUGUUUCCCUCGUUUACCACCGGGCCAGCCUACCUGCUGACGGCCGACAUCGUCGGCGAGAUGUUCGACAAGUCGCUCAGCCAAACGUACCUCAAGCUGGAGGACGUCUACAUGACCGGCAUAGUGGCGCAGCUGCUCAACAUACACCGGAUCAACGUGAAGGAGUUCCUCAACCGGCGGAUAGCGUUCAACCAGUGCAACAUCAAGAAGGCGAUCAGCAUCCACAUGGUGAAGAACAACGAGCAGCUCGACCUGUGGAAGAAGCAGGUCGACACGAGCGUCGCCUGCACGUAGAAGACAUGCUUUGCCUUUUUGUUGUCCCCCUCCAACAUCCUCCAGGUGUAUCCGAUUUGCAGGGUUUCGAAUCAUAUAAGGGAGUAGCUCAAUCACUUACUGGGAAUGUUGCAAAUCGGUAGUGGAAUGUCGCUAGCCUGCCGUGGAAGUUUGCAAUCAUACAGGGGAAUGUUGCAAUCGACUAGGGGAAUGUUGCAAGCAUGCCGUGGAGCUGUCAUCAUACUGUGGGUGCCGCUGUAAAAAGCUUCGAAGUGAUACCGAAGUGAUUCUUUAAAAAAAAAAAAAACAUCAUUUGGAGUUGUUUUCGAGUGGCAUUCCGCAAUACAUAUGAUACACUAAAUAACUCCUGCUGCGGAACCAUAAUUAAACAUGAUAAAUUAGUAAAAAAAAAUACGAAAAUAUUUUGGGGUAUUUACAGCGGCACCCACAGGCUGAUGACAGCUCCACAGUAUGCUUGGUAACAUUCCCCUAGUCGAUUGCAACGCUCCCCUAUAUGAUUGCAAACUUCCACAGCAUGCUAGCGACAUUUCGCUACCGAUUUGCAACAUUCCCCAUAAGUGAUUGAGCUAUUCCCUUACCUGAUUCGAAACCUUUUAAGCGGAAGUAGCUGCUUCCGGUUGCGGAUGCGCUGAUUUGAUUGCCGUUUGAGUUUGAGGCUACCUGCUUCACCAUUUAAAAAAGCCCUUCCCUUCCUUCCCAUCCACCGCCUAUCCUUCCUUCCAUUGGGACACAGAACAAAACCCCAUAUACAUACAAUUAAAAAAAAGACAUCACACACUACUAUCGUUCCAUUAAAACGACUUAGAGAAAGAGAAAAAGAAGGAAAGAGCGAGAAGGAGAGAGAAAGAGAGCGAGAGAGAGAGAGAGAGAGAGAGAGAGAGAGAGAGAGAGAGAGAGAGAGAGAGAGAGAGAGAGAGAGAGAGAUAGGGACCGAGAGAUAGGGAGAAGAAGACGAUGAGCCGAAGAGCAAAACCGUUUAGGCAAGAUAAUAAAUUCGAAAUCUCUUGUAAUGUUAUUUCAUAACGAACAAUACGAAACAAGCAAAGAAAACUAUCCAUUUCUCGUUUUUAGCAAUACUCAUGUUUUUGUUUUGUACUAAAAAAAAAAAAUUACACGUUUUUGCUUCACAAGCAACUAAAACAAAAUGGACACAAGCGGAAAAAGGGAAACAUAAAAUCGAACAAGCAAAGCGUACGCGAGCAUAUAUGCCUUUUAAAAGAAAAAAAAAAAAAACCAAACAAAUUUGUGAAUUUGUUACAUUCCGUCGCUUUAAAGUGUGUGUGUGUGUAUGAGUGUGUCUUUAAAAUCGAAGCGUAAUAUACCACGUGCUAGAGACAAAACGUCCCUCUCCGCAAUGAAAAGCUUGUGAAAAUGUAUAGCAAACUACCGUGUGUGUGUGCGCGAGUGUGUGUGUGUGUGAGUAUUUUUCCCUUUGAGCGCUAAAAGCAGAGGAGUAGGUGUGUGAGUUUUCAUUCUUUUUUUUUUUUUAAUUUGGGUCGUUGUUGUUGGCGUGUGGGCGCGCGCGCGCGCGCUUGCUCUAUGUUUAAGUAAGGAAAUUGGUGCUGCGCGUAACGGUGAGGGGACCGGGACCGUCGGGACGGGGAUAGCAAUUCGAUAGAGGCUGGAAGCUCCUAUCGCGUACCGUCUUCUUUUCCGUUUACUUUAAAUUUACAAUUUACUACCUUUUUCUCGCAUAACCCCCUCCCUCCAUACCCCACAAAUGUGCAAGAGUUGGUGUAAGGGGAGGGAGCCUAUAUUUGAACAGAAAAAAAGAAAAGUAAACGUUAAAAAAAACAACACAAAAAAAAAAACCCGUAAUAUAUUUAUAUACAUGUACAUGUAAAAGCCCAAUAUUUCUAGCGAUGUAUCUCAUGUAUCACUCCACUACCGCAUUCAAUAGCUAGAGAGAGAGAGAGAGAGAGAGAGAGAGAGAGAGAGAGAGAGAGAGAGAGAGAGAGAGAGAGAGAGAGAAGAGAAGAGAAGCAAAAGCGAAAGCGAUGUAAGUAAGAGCAAUAGCGAGGACGCCUGAAUUGAGCGGAAAGGCAGGCUGGAAGAAUUGUAUAGAGGACAACCCCAUUUUAUAAACAUUAUAUUAUAUAGCAAUUCACGUGACGCUUUAAGCCUGUACAUAGAUAAGUUUCGCAUUCGCAACGGGGUGGGAAUUCUGAACAAAAAAAAAAACACGAUACGCCGACGUUUUGGCGGGAAAAAAGCCAACCACGUGCGCGACAACUAGCAAGUAACCAACGUGUUACAUCGUACCGUAGCAUUGGGUGGGUGUGUUUAUCCUUUGAAUACUUAUUUAAAAAAAAACAUAUUUUACUUUCUGUUUCUCUCUAUCUCCUUCUCUCUAUCUCGUUAUUUAUAUCAUGGCUGUACGGCAAAUAUGCUCCAAUAUUAAUUACCAGCACGUGCGCGUGUGUUUUAGGUUUCUUUAAUAUAUUUUUGUUUUACCAUUCUGUGCUGUUAAAUAAAAGUUAGUUUCCGCCGCAGCCCACCACCUCCAACCUCCUUCCUCCUCUCCUUCUCCCUCGUCCCCUGCAAACCUCUUUCAAACCUCAACCGGGUCCGGCGGCGCUAGGUCCUUGAACGUA